CGCCUCCAUCGCUCCCUAUUACACACGCCAGCCUCCAUCAGUCGACAUCUGCCAUCGGCCUCCACACGCCGGCCUCCACAUACCCUACUUCCCACACGUAUUCACUGUCACUCUCACAGCCUCCACUCCACACUAAUCUGCCUCUGCUGCCGGCCCUUCACACGCCGGCCUCCCCACACAAACCCUUAGAUGUAUAUGUCUAGCGCCGCUGACACCACACAAACAGCAGAGGGUGAUGUCUCUAAGGGCGUUGUUGAAGUCGAAGUUGAAGACGACCACCACUGCUUCUGCUACUGCUUGUACUACUUCCCUUGUGAAACAAUUCCUCCGCCGCUUAUCCUUAUCUAGCCGCCAUGAAGAAGAAGAAGAACAGCAUCAGCGUUGUCAUCAUCAGCACACCCGCACGAGCCGAAUCCUGAUAUGCUACAGAGAAACUAGAUUGUAUACUGGAUCAGAAACCGUGGCACAUUAUUAUUCUGCAGAGAUCAAUGAGGGUGGCAAAAAUAUAGGACCCGCCACUCUCGUCUUCACAGUUCCUGUUAUAUCAGCUCUAACGGACCUUUAUUUUUAUCAUCUUCCUCAUAAAAUCUAUGAUCCACUCAUCAAAGAAGGAUUUCUGCUUCUUCGCAAUGAUAAUCCUGUGAAAGGCAGUACUAUAGAUAUCUUAAACAUCAACACAGCCGAGAUCAAUACUGCAGAGCGUUUCACUGUUCACCUUCCAGAACACUUUAGUUAUUUCGGUUUUGGGUUUGAUCCUCUGUCCAACCAAUUCAAGUUAUUCAGUUUUCGUAGCAUUCUCACGCUGUUCAGUCACGACGUUAACAAUUGGAGAGAGAUAGAGCCUGAAAACUACUGCGGAAUUCACUUGAAUCAGAUAAGGUAUGCUCAGAAUGAUUUUGGUGUUUCUGUUAAUGGGGCAGUGUAUUGGCUUGUCAAAAUGUAUGACGACCUGUUUAAGGUACUGGCAUUUGACCUCCACGAAGAGACUUUUAGACUCAUCACUAUCCCUGAUGAGUUGAAAUCAAACAAUAAAACAGCUCUUUUUUUGGAUUGUGGUUGUGGACGCUUGGCUUUGAUAAAUGGGUUGCAUGACAAGUUGGAUGUUUGGAUAUUGGAGGAGGACUACCACAAUCACAACUACUCUUGGGUUAAACAAACUAUUCGUUUUCCUUUUGAUAUUUCUGAUUUGACGCCGAGGAGUCACAUUCUUGCCAUCGACACUAACACUGGUGAGAUCUUUCUGGAAGCUCAUGCGUAUAAAGAGGAAAUGCCGUUUCUCUAUUAUCAUACAAAGACAGAAUUUUUGAAGAGGCUUGGGAUCCCGGGAGUGCCUCAAUGGCUGGUAAUGAAAUCUGACAGUUGCAAAUUCGUCGGCAUUACCUUCUAUGGUGAAGGAGGGAAAAAUUAGGAUUACCUGCACUUUGAAGGAUAGGAGCAGGUAAAGAAGUUAGCCAAAGCUAUGUUAGUCGAAGCUAUGUGCUACCUAGCAAUUAGCAUAAUUGCUAAGGGAUUGUAUGGUACUAAACAAGCAAGUAGAAUAGGACUGGUAAAUGCAGGGAAAUGUCUUUGAAAUAAGUACAAAGGAGGACUCUUCCCAAUCCUUUAUAUUUGGGGUAUUGUUUUAUUGGCAGCUGGACAGGGUAGCACAAGAACUGGCUCUUAUGGCAUACAAUUUAUCAUGGGAGGCUUUCUCAACUUGUCUCAAGAAAUGCCUAAGGGCAUUGAUUACAUGGACUUUUGCAAUUGUGCCAACCAUAGUUGUAGCUCUUGUGUUUAAAAACAUCUUAAGCUUCAUUGGUUUUUUUGAAUGAAUGGCUUAAUGUGCUUCAGUCAUUACAGAUUCCUUUUGCGCUUAUUUCCCUUCUUACCUUGGUGGCCAAGGAGCAGUUUAUGGGGGUCUGCUAUUUUUUCAGUGUGUGCUGACAGUCAUUGUUUAUUUGCCUAGCCUGUAGCCUUGUGGCUAUGUGGGUGAAGGGUUUAAGGAUGGGUACAAAGAAAAAGGCACCUCGUAGUCCA